UGUUAAGAUGGACCACAUCUCCUAAAAAAACUGUUGGAUUUUGUAAUCUAGGAGAAUGGAAAAUACUGUCGACGCGCAAAGUUUGAUUUCGAUUUCUUUGAGGAAAAUUCAGAGUUCGCGGACGCAACGAGGGGGCUUAAAGCUAUAUAAAAAUCUCUUGGUUUCUUAUGUGCUAAGAAAUGCCAGGCAGGUGUACAGGGUUGACAAGCAAGGGGAGAUACGCUGGAAUCUUCUUGAUGAAAAUAGAUUUAAACAUAACAUUACCUGUGACUUUAAAGCUCACAACUCGAAUUGUAACGUGGAUUUGACAGACGGGGUACGAGGAAACAAUUUGGUGACCAUGUGUGCACGGCAGUCUCUGUCGGGGUCUGCCUGCAUACUUACUGAGCAUCAUCACCAGGACUAUAAAGAGAGUGAGAUCUUUCAAAACUUCAGCGAACAAUCUUAUCUGCCUAGUUCUGACUUCUUGGACUCAGAAUGCUGUCAGACCACGAUGUUGGACCUGGAUACACACGUUGUCACAACUGUGGACAGAAGUGGUUCCCAUGUGGACUGCCCCGCUGCGCAAUUAUCCUUGCCUAAUAACGCUUGGAGAAAACGAAAGGCGGACUUCAACGUUGACGAAGAACUCCCAGGUUUGGAUUCGAGUUCUUGUAAAAGAGACAGACUCUAUGUUUCAUAUCACGAGAGUUCGGACACUACCGAUGUUUCCAACAUCGUCUCUAUUUUAGGUUUCAGUUUAACAGAAUUCAUGAGCAUCCAGACGGACGUGGAACAAAAUCUUAACAAAAGGUUCCUCAAGUCGCCAGCGGCAUAUAGUGAGCCAUGGACACGAGCAAUUGAAGCAUUUUGACUGCUUUUAAGUUUUUUUUUCCUAUAGGAAAGAGACGGUGUUCAGGAACUACUGGGGUUCUUUUUAACUGGCAUGAGCGUGGGCAUGUGACCACAAUAAUCGUACAUAUGUUUGACAGUAUAUGUGACACUGAUUCGACAAAUGGGAAAACGUACAGGUUCAUUAUUAUGUGGUAUGUUAUAAGAAAAGAUUGAGUAUUGUUUUUGCAAUGUGAUCUUUGUUGGUAUCCAUGAUAAUUAAAAAUGUCAGAAGGUGAUAUGGUCUGGUGGAUAUAUCGUGAAAUUCAAGCGUAGGCUACCCAUAAAUGCCCAUGUUAACUUAGGAGAGGGAUGCUUAAACUAGUCUACUAGCUACUCUUAACCUGGUCACCACAUCUUUUAUGAUCUUAAAUGCACCACCAUAACAGCUUGACUAUGUUGAACAUGAAUGAAAAAAGAAUGUAAGACAACUGAUACAAGAUUUUAAUAGUAGAUCCGUAACACCGGCAUCAAAUUGACUCAAUGGUUUAGUGAACCUUUUUUUGUAGGCGUGGACUGAGAGAGCAUGAGAGCGCAACACAUUGUGUCUACUACGAAACGUCAACAGUUGUAACACGUGGUGACCUUAGCAGGGAAAGAUCGCAUUAUCAAUACCGGCAUUGCUUUGAAAUAUCUUGCCUAUCCCAUUGUAUGCCUGUAUGAGAUAAAUCCACAAAUGCACAUUUAUGUACAGUUUAUGAACAUUCGUUUGCCCUAGACAUACGCAUGUGCUGAGAUGUUAGUGAACCGGUUGUUUAUCUACCCUCACUUCUCGCCAGUGAUUAUUUCUAACCAUUGCGGUUGUCUCAACAGUGCAAAACAUGUGAAAUCUGAAUGUUCUGAUAAGCUAUCAGCUCAAGCCACUGUCGGAUCUCUAAAGAGACCUGCGUGCCUAAACAGCAUUGCUCGUCUUAUUAAUAAUAUACGUGACAAACCUUAAUUUGCUAUUUUCCUGCCAUCUUCUCACAUCUGUCUCAGUUCUGUUUCCUACUGGCACACAAAGGCUGCUCCGAAACACUACAAAUAAAAACACAUCUGCUUGCAAUUUGCUGUGAAUAUGAACUUUGUGAGGUGAGUAAAUUCGGUUCUUCAACAUUCUGCUUCAUGCACAACGUUUGACACAUACAAUAUCCAUUAAACAGUGUAGAACUGUUGUCCACGUUCUUCUGAAAUGUUGAGAAAAAUCACAAUAAUUUAUGUAACAAAAACGCAUCUUCACUCAUUCACAGCCGCUUAAACCACCGUUUCUUGGUCAACAACAGUUGAAAUGAUGUAGUCAGAGCGCACCCUACUGGCUUACGGUGAAUAUCACCUUCUAGCACAUUGUUGUAGAUAACAGUUGACCCCUUUCCAUUUCCUCGUGAAGCUUUUCAGUA